CCCUUUAUACUACUAUAAUCCUAUAUAUACACAUAACAUAGUAAGAUACAUCAGCUGUUUUUAUGAAGGCGAUUAGUUGGGAGAUGGGUCAUCACUGCUGCAGCAAACAGAAAGUUAAGAGAGGGUUAUGGUCUCCUGAAGAAGAUGAAAAACUAGUUAAACACAUCACCAUCUAUGGCCAUGGCUGCUGGAGUUCUGUUCCUAAACUUGCAGGGCUGCAAAGGUGUGGAAAAAGUUGCAGAUUGAGGUGGAUAAACUACUUGCGUCCCGAUCUCAGGCGCGGUUCGUUCACUGAACAAGAAGAGAGAACCAUUAUCGAUGUUCAUAGGAUAUUGGGGAACAGAUGGGCUCAAAUUGCAAAACAUCUGCCAGGAAGAACUGAUAAUGAGGUCAAGAACUAUUGGAAUUCUUGUAUCAAAAAGAAACUUAUAGCUAAGGGUCUAGAUCCAAACACUCAUAACCUUCUUUCUCCACAUCAUAUACCUAUUCUUAAUGCUAAUAUUAGUAAAAACAUCGAUCCCACCAAGCCGGUUUUCGCCAUUAUAAACAACACCUCAUCACAAACAAAGGAUGCGAAAAAGGUCCAACCUUUUCAACCUCGUUUGUCCGUGGAUCGUAAUGAUCCUGUAAUGAGUCAUCAUUUGUUUGAAAAUCCGUUAAACCACGAAAGUUUUGAUCUUAAUUGGGAAGACUACAAUUGUUUUUUGAAGAAAGAUGUUGGGCAUGAAAUUACAGUGGGGCUUUCAAACCAAACUUUGGUUGAAAGUACUAAAAUGCCUGUGUUGUUGCCACUUUCUUGUUCAUCUAACCCACUUGAUCUUGGGACUGUAGUGCAAUCUUGGGCUGGAAACAGCGGUCUUGGUUCGGCUUUGGAACACACAAGAAGACCGGAAGUAUCGCAGCCACAGAUGGUGUGUCAAGGGGUUGUGGCUCAGGAGUUUGUGAACGAGGGGUUGGAUUUUACGGGUGGUGGUGAGGACCAGUGUCAGACCAAUGGGGACAUUGACUUAGAGUUCAUCGAAGCUGCACUUAUGCCUUGUGGAAUGUUUUCUAAUGUAGGAACUUUGGAUCAACUUGCAUGGGACUGUAACUAUAGGACUUGAAAAUGAAUUGUAUUGAUCUUGAUUAAUUUUACAUAAUACUACAACAUAAUAUAUAGAGGUAUAAGGUAAA